GGGAAGGUCUGCAGGAGCGGAGAUAUUGUUGUGAUGUGAGCUGCGAAGAAAAGGAGUCGCCUCGACGCCACAUCCCCGCCAUCCAGACUUGGCUGGUGCUUGCGAAUGCCACUGUGGAGAGGAGAGGCAAGAUGAGGGGCCUGGUGCUUGCCUCUCUCGUUCUCCUGCAACCUCUCUCCGUGCCAGGGGGUCCCACUGCCGCCGUGCGCCCCCAGAGCGACCACGCCCGGUGCCACCCUUCGGGGUCCUGCUACAGCGUCCACGUGGGCAGCCUGAGCUUCCCCCGCGCCCAGGACGCCUGCGCGGCGCACGGCGGGCACCUGAGCACGGCGAGCGGCCGGGUGGAAGUGCAGGCCAUAGUGUCUCUGCUGAGAGGGGUCGCCCGCGGCGGGUCCGGCACCUCCUUGUUUUGGCUGGGCCUGGUGAGGAAGGCUCAGCAGUGCACCAUGGAGGAGCUGCCGCUGCGGGGUUUCUCCUGGGCCGCUGCCGGAGGACUUGUUGCGGAGGCGAGGAACGAGAGCGCGGCGGAGGGGAGCCUCUCGUGGGUGAAGGAGCCCAGCAAGUCGUGCACCACGCAGAAGUGCGCCGGCCUGCAGGUGACUUGGGGCGAGCCUCGCGCCGCCGAGUCGUGGGGCCUCGCGGAGCAUGCCUGCGCCAAGGCGAACGCAGGAUACGUGUGCAAGUACAGCUACGCGGGCGCGUGUCCCGCGCCGAGCGCGGGCAACCACCUGAACUACGCGCUCCCUUUCCGUCUCCAAAGCGCCGCCGUGGAGUUUGGCCCACCUGGCACGGUGCUCACCCUGAGGUGCCCCGGGCGGGAGGCGCGCUUCACCUGCCGCCUCUCGCCCGACGGCUACCGCUGGGAAGGCACCGAGCGUGGACUCUGCUCCUGCCCCAGCGGCUACUGGAGCCUGAGCGAGGGAGCGUGCGUCGAGCUCGCCGACUGCUUCGGCGCCCGGGGCGCUUUCCUGUGCCUGUGCGCCUGGGGCGCUGGCUUAGCGGCCGACGAAAAGGCCUGCGUGCCGCCGGCGGGAACUGAAACGCCGCCGUCGCCUGCACUGUCUCCGUCCCCGAACGGCUCUUCGGACGGCCUGCCUGGCUGGAACGACUCCCUGGCGGCGACCUUGCCCUCCGAGGUGGGCAACAGCAGCAGCGCCCCCGGAGCCGUGUCUUCCAACUACCUCUUCAUCCUGAUCACGGUGGCUGUGGUGACGCUGGUGAUCCUAGUCAUGGCCGCGCUGCAGAUCUUCCAGGCCUGCUUCAGGUUUUGCUGCUCCAAGGGGUCUCAGACCAAGAAGGACGGAGCUCCGGCUACGACGGCCACGACCGCAGAUGGCGACCCCGAGGCCUCGGCCACACGCACGGAUUCGGAUCAUUCCCUGGGGCCGAGCAAGGCAGAGUCUGCCGAUGCUUCUCAGGAUGAACCCAAACCUGUGGCGGAGCAGGAACAGCCACGAGGGGACUGAGGCUGUAUUUGAAGGAGGCAAUGGACGUGCAUUUAUUAGGACAGGAAUGGGGAGCCUGUGGCCCUCCAAAGGCAACUCCUAUCAUCUUUAUCCGUUGGCCAUUCUUUCUCAGCUAAAGUGCUAAGUAACUCCAGAGUGCUGCAAGAGACAAGUCUCAUUAAGAUUUGCCAAGCUGCUUGCAGAACAGUGCAAUCCUAUGCAAACUUACUUGGGAGUAAGUCACAUUGACUUCAGUAGAAUUUUCUCCCAGGUGUGCAGGAUGGCAGCGAAUAGUGUCAUGGUAAAGGUGAGGUCCCUUUGGGACUCCCAUUUGCUGCUCCCCAGCUCCCAUCACCCCAGCCAAUGGGCAAAGGGAUAAUGGGAGUUAUAGUCCAGCAACACCUAGCUAGCCACAGUUUCCCCAUCCCUAUAAAAGAUUUUUAUGACUUAAAUAGCUUUCCAACAUUAUUUUCAAUCUGGUGUCGCCCUCCGUCCCUACUAGUCACCUGGGGUGCCAGUACAAUUCGGCAUGUGUGUGGAGAUCUAUUUGUGAGACUUAGAAGAAAACCUGAAAUCUUAGUAUUGUAUCUUGACUGACUCAUGGAUUGGCUGUAUGGGGACUCAUAGGAGAAGUGUUGGCCAAUGCAUGCUAGAUUUUGUCGCACAAAAGCAUUAUCUGUUCCAGUUUCCUUAAGUGGGAAUUCCAAAAACCUGCAAGGCAUGUCUAGCUUAUACUGACUCGUUGCUCUGAAGAACAUUGUGGGGUGGAAAUCUGUCAAUAUUUCACUGAGGGCCCACCUCAUUUGCCCACCUUCCAAUUCAUUGAGGUUGCCUUUGGAAGUCAUUGGCCAACUGAGGUGUGGUAGGUUUUGACUGGGGAGAGUGUCUUCUUGGUGGUGGUAUCCAGGUGGCACAGACCAUUGGGGGGGUGUCACCUGGCACUCAUGCUGUAGCCUUUUCAGAACCAUGCAAAUACCUUUUUAUUUUCUCAAAUAAUUGGUUCCAAAAUUGAUCUGAGGCUGCCCUUAUUUGAUACUUUUAAUUUUGUUUGUUUGUUCCUUUUUUUAUAUGGCUGAUUGUUUUAUUGACAGAUUUGGUGUAAGCCACCUUGGAAUAUUCUGUUUUAUAGGCAGUGUUAGAAAAUGUAUGCAUGCAUAAAGUGAAGAUUUUAAAAAUGAAAAUUAAUUGGUACACACAAAUGCAUGCCAGUAGCCUGAGGAAAGCCCUGAAAUAUACAUUCUGGAUUCUGAGUCAGUCCUACUGCCAUUAUUUGAUUAGAAUUGGGUGUGAUCCAGGCCCAGUCACUAUGCCAGCUCCAUGCUUUUUCUGGCCCCUCCACCUUCCACCCCAGCUGGCAUCAGCAAUGGGGCUACAGAUGUGGCAGUGGCUCCAGCACUCUUAUCAUGUGACUCAGUGAAAACUUUAAGCAACAUUUAUCUUCAAUAAAGGAAAGGGGUAGAGGAUUUCUUUUUGAAGUUUUCUCUAUUCUUUCCCACUCUACUGCUGCAUCCCUUGCAUUUCUCUCUUUUAGCAUUACAGUGGUACCUCGACUUCCGAAGGUUUCGACUUACGAAGUCGGCAAACCCGGAAGUAUUUUCGCCCCGUGCACGUUCUGCGCAUGCACAAAAUGGACACUUUGACAUCUGAAGGUUUCGACUUACGAAGAGCGCCGUGGAACGGAUCGCCUUCGUAAGUUGAGGUACCACUGUACUUGAAUAGGGACAGUCCUGCCUGUAUGUGUGCAUUUCAGCUAAGGAAUAUUUUAAGUCAGUAUUCAAAAAACGUAAAUGUUAUACACACACACACACACCUGCCCCAGAUCAUUUGAAGAGGCCAUUAAUUUCCAACACAAACCAUAUUUCUGCAACAAAUAUGUAUGUAAUGUUUGUAGUAUAUGUUAUAGCAUUGAGUGGUUCUAAGGCGCCUAAUGUUCAUCGGUUAAAAGCACAGAAAACCCAUUAACAUUGCAAAGGCAGGGAUUGCCCAUUCCAUCUAGUACAGUAGGACAGUGUAUCCUCUUGUCACUCUUUAAAUCUUAUUUCUAGACCAUUAAUUCCUUCUAAGACACUUCAAAAUGAUUAUGUACAUCUUGAAGCAGAGGGGGAAUGUAAGCUAUGAUUAUGAAUAUAUGAUGAAUAUUUGAUGAUUGAUCUUCACCACAUAAUCGGGAGUAAAAUUCAAAUCCUCAAAAAGAGACGUUUAAUAAUAUUUUAAACUAUAGAGGGCUUGAUUAAAUGUGCCAUGGGAUUACAGUGAAAUUGAAAGGUGGCCAGGGGCAAAAUUAAAAGACUUCAAAGGACCAUUUUUAAACACCCACCCGCAAAGUACUACAGUCUAAUGAAGAUUUUAAAAACUGAUUAAUUGGGCAUUUCCCUAUCAUUUGGUGCAAUUUCUUUUCAUCUAAAAACAGCUUCAUCUCCUAAAACCACUAUCCAGGAUAUAUUCAAAUCCACCCAGCGAAUGAGAUCUGCAUAUGCUGCUUAUGAUGUGAAUGUACACUGCAGUGUUCAUCCACCUUCUGCUGAACUUGAUAGAUGCAAGCAAUGUAGAUGUGGGAUGGUCAUGCUGGUCUGGGGCCACUAACCACAUGUAGUCAUGUGCUACUAGAGCUGCAUUCAGUCUGUUGGCUCUGCUACAAAUACCUUGAUGUGCAUAGCUCUCUAUGCUCAAGGGGGUACCAAGUUAUCCAUAUUGCUUUGGAGGGAACAGGAAAACGUCCGUGAAAGCUCUGUGUAUACACCUCAGAACUCCCAAUAAUGCAUGAACUCAUUAGAUUUGGGUGAUCCAUUGCAAUACAAUGUAAUGCCUGUAAUUCAAUGAGGUGUGAUAGUACAGCCUUAUGUUAUGUUGUGAAGAGUGUGUGAAAAGUGCACCAAUGCAGUCCAUGCUAUAGAAGCAUAGGCACUGUGGUUCCUUGGAUCAUACGUUUGUGGAAUAUGGUAGCUGUUUUUAGCACGAAGCCAUCAACUGUAACUAUUACAUGGAAUGAAAAUAAGUCCUACUGAUUUUGAUGGAACUUUAGGUUGGAAGUUUCAGGCUAAAAUCCUAAGCACGGCACUCAGAAUUAUGGGCAAACACGGUAGUUCCACGUCAAGCGCUUCCCUUCCUGUCCAUGAUAGCUAGUACAACAUGCCCAGAGGUCCUGACAUCAUUACACAGUGCAUGCCCCUGCCAGGAGCAGACAAUACUGUUGAAUAGUAACAGGGAAAUGCAUUGUACUAGGGUUAGGGCAUGAGAAACGUUGUACAAAUGUGGAACAAGGCAAUUAGGCAUGGGGCUGCUAUUUUCAGUGGCAACCUAAAAUUUCUUAUAAUGUUUAGUUCUGCCCAGUAGUGGUUGGCAUGGUAAGGUGGAGUUGCUUACCUGACCUGUCAGGUGAGUCACUGCUACUUACCAGAAGGGGGAGCAGAAAGGUUGGUGAAGUGCAAACACAGCAGCUGAGCCAAUCCGAUGCUCCUGCUGCUGUGUUUGCACUGCGCCACCUGUUAAGCAGCAGUGACUCACCUGCCAGGAGGUAAGCUAAGUAUCUGCUCCACCAUGCUGUCUGCUACUGGUUCUGCCCCAUAAAUUGAUUUUGUUGUUGUUGUUUGUAAGUCUUAACAGCAUGAUCUUCUACAUACCUACCCAGAAAUAACACCCAUGGCAACUUCCAGGUAAGUGGGUAUUACUGGGUUCCAUCUUAGUGGUUAAAUCAAUGGUGCUGAUCAUGAAACAUGGAAUAAAAUGUAUCCCUGAGCAGGUUCCAAGCACCACUGAAGUAGCAGGCUGUUUUUAACAGGAUUGCAGGCAGCAUUUAUUCCUUUCUCAGAAAAGCUCAAAAGAACAGUUGACAAAGUGCCAAUUAAGCAGCUGUAGCUUGUGUAUCAAGAGACGAGUAUUUUUUCUCUAUAGCACAAAAUCAGUAUAGAUGACUUAUGUGUUUACUACAGACAAUGCCAGCUUGGGUUUAUUGUUUUCUGUCUGGGGGCCUUUCAAGAUGACCAAAUAAAAUAAAACAGAAGUACAGUGCAACCUGAUAUAUUUCUACACGGAAGCCAGUCCUGUUGGAGUUGCCCACUCUGGUAUAAAACUUAAAUAAUUUUAAAAGAUCACAAAGGAGUUAGAAGAUUGGGUCGUUCUUCCAAGUGUUGUUUUAGAACACAGGCGUUAUCCAAUAAACACUUCUUAUAAUGACUACCUUCUGCUGGGCAGUACUUGUUAUUGCAACAGAUGUGCUUCUGGUGAUGGAUAGAUUUGGCUGAUAUUUUUUCCAGUAACAAAAUACCGUAGUUUGAUCGCUGGGAAAAAUGCAAGCCAGUAAUUGCACAUCUACUGCAAAUGUUUGUUCUUUCCCUGUUAAAAGACAGAUGUGUCGUGAUUAAUAUAUUAAAUUGUACCAGCAAACCAAAUGAGCGCAAAUCUGAUGAAACCUCUCUCAUCUACCUAAAGGUAAAGGUAAAGGACCCCUGACAGUUAAGUCUCCCGUUGCUCGAUCCCAGCUCCUGCCAACCUCUCACCUUCCUACCUACCUAUUUAUCAUUUCUUUUAGAUUUAUACUGUGGCAUGGCAUCGUAUAUGCUGUAGACAAGGUCUAUAUGCGAGUUUAUAUCUGGAAUUGUGAAAACAAAAUCACAAUAAUUCCUCUUUAUAUGUUAAAUUAAGAGAGAACUAUGCUCAUCACAAGUUGGGAUAUAGUUUUUUGUUGUGAAAAGGAUGCCUUUUUGGUGGAUCUGCCUUGUUGCGAGGAAGUUUUAGAAAAAGAUCAAGGUAGCAAUUAAAAAGGACAACAGAAAUGGAGCAUGUAAAAGAAAUGAUAGAGCAUUCUUUGAACCAUGUAAUUCUUUUUCUAUGGAUACAAAAGAGAUCUUCAAACUGUUAAAAACUCGUUUUAUGUAUGAUUGAAGUUAUGCAAAACAUUGCAAAAUCCCUAUCCACUCCUUUAAAAGUGGAAUGAGAAAAUGAGUGCUUUGAAUAUGCCUUCAUGUCACAGCUUACAAAUUAUAUGGCAGUGAAGAAAGGGAAACAGUUGGAAAUUUUGCUUAUAUAAUUGGAAAACUCUUAUUAAAUAUUGACAGAACAAUUGAAGUGCAGUAUACCCAUGUUCAAUGCACAUGAAGCAGUCUUAUAGGAUAUAAAAUGCAUGCCUAUUCAUAAGUCCCAUUGAGUUCAAUGAGUUAAUUAAUUAAUUAAAUUUAUAUACUGCCUUUCUUCCAAGAAUCACAAGGCAGUUUACAGUUUAAAAACAGAGAAAUGCCUAACACAAACAUGGAAUCUUGUGCAGUCCCCUGCAAUGCAGGAAUAUGAAGCUAUUUCAUUGCAACCUUAGCAUUAUCAGCACCACACUCUAACCAACUGAGCUAUCCAGGCCAUAAUAGCAAACAAAACAAUAACCCCUUCUAUAGUUUAAAUAGCCAUAGAUUGUUUGAUUAGCCAUAGAAGAGGAAUGUACCUGGCACCUAAAGAUAUGUAAUUAAGGUGCAAGGUGAGCCUCUCAAGCCUAUGCUUGUGAAUGAGCCCACAAACAGGAAAUGCAACAGCUUUGUUUUGUUUUGUUCUGUUUUUAAUGUAACCAUAGGAACAUGUCAAAAAACUGGCCAUCCACAUGUUGGACUACAACUGCCCUCAUCUCUGACCGUUGGCAUGAUAUAAAGGAUACCACCUAGAGGACCACAGAGGACACACAUCCAUUUUAUUCAAAAGCUCAGUAUUGUUUAAUUUGAACCAAUAAAAUAUAAAAUAUAGAUAGCCAUCUUUUUUUGUUUACUACACAUAUAUAUGAGUGGAUUUGAUGGGGAUCGCAGGUAGUCUUCCAGGCAGAAAGUGAUAAUUAUUUGGGAGGAGGAUUAGAAUUCUGCCAGUUCUAAAUUAGUAUUAUUGCACCAUGUAAUCCUCAUAAGGAGAUAUAUAUACUGCUGCAAUGACUUUGCUGGCUUGAGAGCAGUACAUGUGAAAAGGAUCUAGGAGUCUUGGUAGACCACAAACUUGAGUCAACAGUGUGAUGCAGCAGCUAAAAAAGCCACUGCAAUUCUGGGCUGCAUCAAUAGGAGUAUAGCAUCUAGAUCAAGGGAAUUAAUAGUACCACUGUAUUCUGCUCUGGUCAGACCUGUUUUAACUGUACUACUGGUUUUCUGCGCUGCAGAGAUCAAUGUGUUCUGAAUUUUUUUUGCCUUUUGUGUUUUUUUACAUAACCAUCUGGAGCAACCUACAUAGGACCUUUACGAUGCCAACAGUUCUACUAUCAAAAUGUGUCCCUGUAGCUCCCACUGAGCCUUAACUGGCCCUCUGAUGAAAAUGAUGCAUUUUCCAUUUCAUUAAACAUAUUCCAACCCAUCAAUACAUAACACAGUUCGUAUCUUUGAAAGUGUUAAACUAAAUGGUAUGAGAAUCCAUAAGUCACUUGCUUUGAAUGGUAUACAAUAUUUGCUGUCACCACGUGGGUGUGCAUUUAAUGGGGAGUAUUUUAUACAUGAAAUAGAAAAAACUAAAAUAAUCUCAAUAUGAUUUUCCAUAUCAGAAACGAGUAUUGAAAUUGGGUCAUGUUCUUCUUUCCUGGAGGAAAAGAAUGUAAAUUAAUAACUGCUUGCUAUUCCUGUUUUACUGAUGAAGUGAAUGUUAGAUUGUCAUCUAACACAAGAAACUCAAAAUAUCAUACCCUCCAACAUAUCUCUGAUGAAAAUAGGGACAUCCUAUUCCAUAAUGAUAAUAAUAAUAAUUAUUGUUGUUGUUUAGUCGUUUAGUCGUGUCCGACUCUUCGUGACCCCAUGGACCAUAGCACGCCAGGCACUCCUGUCUUUCACUGCCUCCCGCAGUUUGGUCAAACUCAUGUUCGUAGCUUCGAGAACACUGUCCAACCAUCUCGUCCUCUGUCAUCCCAUUCUCCUAGUGCCCUCAAUCUUUCCCAACAUCAGGGUCUUUUCCAAUGAUUCUUCUCUUCUCAUGAGAUGGCCAAAGUAUUGGAGCCUCAGCUUCACGAUCUGUCCUUCCAGUGAGCACUCAGGGCUCAUUUCCUUAAGAAUGGAUAGGUUUGAUCUUCUUGCAGUCCAUGGGACUCUCAAGAGUCUCCUCCAGCACCAUAAUUCAAAAGCAUCAAUUCUUCGGCGAUCAGCCUUCUUUAUGGUCCAGCUCUCACUUCCAUACAUCACUACUGGGAAAACCAUAGCUUUAACUAUACGGACAUUUGUAGGCAAGGUGAUGUCUCUGCUUUUUAAGAUGCUGUCUAGGUUUGUCAUUGCUUUUCUCCCAAGAAGCAGGCGUCUUUUAAUUUCGUGACUGCUGUCACCAUCUGCAGUGAUCAAGGAG